CGUCGCGCGCACGCGCACGCGCACACGCGUCGGGUCGUGGCGGGAUUCGGCCGCGUGCGCUUUCCCGCUCCGGCCCGCCCUGGCGCUCGGUGCGUCUUUGGCAGCUCGUCGGGCUUCGCCGGCCCGCCCUGUGCUCGCUCCCUCGAGGCUCCCCCGUGCCCCUCCUUUUCCCAGUUUCUUCUAGAGCCCAGGCCCCGCCCGUUCCCGCCUCCAGGGCCUGGUUCGUUCCCGCCUCAGUCCUUCCUCUCUGAGCCCCUGCUGCUCCUGCUGAAGGCGGAGGCUCCAUGUUGUCCCCUCAGCGAGCGGUAGCGGCUGCCUUGGGAGGAGCAGGUGAUACCAUGGAGAGUGGAAAGCCUGGUCCAGUACAGGUUGUUUUGGUUCAGAAAGACCAACAUUCUUUUGAGCUAGAAGAGAAAGCUUUGGCCAGCAUCCUCUUGCAGGACCACAUCCGAGACCUUGAUGUGGUGGUGGUGUCAGUGGCUGGUGCCUUCCGAAAGGGCAAGUCCUUCCUUCUUGACUUUAUGCUACGAUACUUAUAUUUCCAGAAGGAAGGUGGCCAUUCAAACUGGUUGGGUGACCCGGAAGAACCAUUAACAGGAUUUUCAUGGAGAGGGGGCUCUGACCCAGAAACCACUGGGAUUCAGAUCUGGAGUGAAGUUUUCACUGUGGAGAAGCCAGGUGGGAAGAAGGUUGCAGUUGUUCUGAUGGAUACACAGGGGGCAUUUGACAGCCAGUCCACCGUGAAAGAUUGUGCUACCAUUUUUGCUCUCAGCACCAUGACUAGUUCUGUUCAGAUUUAUAAUUUGUCCCAGAACAUUCAGGAAGAUGAUCUGCAACAGUUGCAGCUCUUCACAGAAUACGGUCGUCUGGCAAUGGAUGAAAUUUUCCAAAAACCCUUCCAGACCCUGAUGUUUUUGGUUCGAGACUGGAGUUUCCCUUAUGAAUACAACUAUGGAUUACAGGGAGGAUUGUCAUUUUUGGAAAAGCGUCUACAGGUGAAAGAACAUCAACAUGAAGAAAUUCAGAAUGUCCGAAACCACAUCCACUCAUGUUUCUCCAGCGUCACCUGUUUUCUCCUGCCACAUCCGGGACUCCAGGUGGCCACAAGCCCUGACUUCGAUGGGAAAUUGAAAGAUAUUGCCAGUGAAUUCAAAGAGCAAUUACAGACUCUGAUACCAUUUGUAUUAAAUCCUGCUAACUUAAUGGAAAAGGAGAUCAAUGGCUCAAAAGUCACCUGCCGAGGGCUAUUGGAAUAUUUCAAGGCAUAUAUUAAAAUUUACCAAGGAGAAGAUCUGCCUCAUCCCAAAUCUAUGCUCCAGGCCACUGCUGAAGCCAACAAUUUAGCAGCUGCAGCCUCUGCCAAGGACAUUUAUUAUAACAACAUGGAAGAGGUUUGUGGGGGAGAGAAACCCUAUUUGUCUCCAGACAUUCUAGAGGAGAAGCAUUGUGAAUUCAAACAACUUGCUCUGGACCAUUUUAAGAAGACCAAGAAGAUGGGUGGGAAGGAUUUUAGCCUUCGUUACCAGCAGGAGUUGGAGGAAGAAAUCAAGGAACUCUAUGAGAACUUCUGCAAGCACAAUGGUAGCAAGAAUGUCUUUAGCACCUUCCGAACCCCCGCUGUGCUCUUCACGGUCAUCGUGGCUUUGUACAUAGCCUCCGGCAUCACUGGCUUUGUUGGGCUUGAGGUUGUGGCCCAGCUGUUCAACUGUAUGGUUGGACUGCUGUUAAUAGCGCUUCUCACCUGGGGGUACAUCAGGUAUUCUGGUCAAUAUCGUGAGCUGGGAGGAGCUAUCGAUUCUGGUGCAGCAUAUGUAUUAGAACAGGCAUCUUCUCAUAUCGGUAAUUCUACUCAGGCUGCUGUGAGGGAUGCGAUUGUUGGGAGACCACCCGCGGACAAAAAAGCUCAAUAGCAUCUUAACAAGACGACCCAACAAGAGCACGCCCAGCCCCUCCUGAUGUCUGGGUCUCCCCAUGGCCACAGGUCCAGGUCUGGAGGAGCACAGAUCUGGGGCCAUCUGGGAAGAGCUGAAGUAUGGCAGUAAUAAAUGAAUAGACUUUU